AUGACGCGCGGCGACAUUUUCGCGGGGGAGACCAAGUCUGUGCGCGAGCCCAUCAGCGUACAGGCGGAGGUCGAGAUCGUUGUGAGCCAGAAGGGGGAGCCCGACCUCUUCAACGUGCAGCUGGACGACGCCAUCGAAGUGGGGCCCUUUGACAGCACGGGCGUGGACCUGCGCAGCAGCGGCGUGAUGGCGCCCUUCAGGUUCCCCACGGUGGUGAUGUUCGUGUCGGGCCCGGCCGGCAUCGCGUCAGCGCGCGCCCUCAUUGAAUCGCCGCCCGACACGGCCAACCUCGCCCCGGGGCUGCGGCAGGACAUCGUGGUUUACUACAGCGUCCCCAAUGAGGCGGCUGUCUGCUUCCGCGAGCGCUUUGAGGCGUGGAAGGAGCUGGGCAACGUGCGCGUGGAGGUAACGACGCGCGGCUUUGGUGACGCCUUUGACGGCGACAUGAGCCUGCUGUACGACCCCGACUCGACGGCGGCCAUCAUCCUGGUCGGUGGCGACGAGGAGGCCGAGGCUGCGGCGCGCGAGGUGUGCGCGGAGGCCGAGAUCACGACCAUUGUGGCGGACGCCGCCCCCGCCGCCCCGCCCGUGUACCUGUCGGCCACACCCAGGAGCUUCGAGAAGUGGGCGCAGCAGCACCAGGCGCCCUCCGGCCAGGGGGACGCCGGCAGCGACAGUAAGGUUGCUGUCAGGUAG